UAUAUUUUCCAAUCCAUUUCAUACCUUUUGGUAUGAUUUUAUGGUUGAUUUUUUUUAAGCAAAAUGGAUGAUGAAGGAUUAUUUGACGAUGUAUCAACAAAAAUAGCAACAAGCACUGUGCAAAAAUCGAUAUUUUGUCAGACACAAAAUAAAUUAACACAAGAGCCAAAAAUUGAUGACAAAUUUAUUACUCAACAAAGUCAGCAACCAAUUUUUGCCCAACCAACAACGCAACCAAUAUUACCAUUAUACCGGCCAAUUCAACCACCAAUUGAAGAAUCAUCUGGCGAUAAGGAAACAGGAUUGACAGAGAAAAUGGUGGACGCAGCAGUUGUAGAUGUUUUUUCGAGUGUGGUACCGUCAUCAAAUCAAUCAUCAUCUGACAAAUUAAACAAGCGUGCAGCUUUAGGAACAAAAAUACUUCAUGCGCCACUCUCUUUAUUUCAUCAGAAAACUAGAAAGGAUAAUCCAAAUAAAAAUGUCAGGCAAACAAAUCAAUUGCAGCAGACAAAUCUAACUGGACAAUACAAUAUCAGUACAUCACCAAUAUCAACAAUACAAGAUAAUAAAAUUGAUAAUCGUUUUCGUCAAGCUGCUGGGGCAAAUAAUCAAACACGUUCAAUGCGAACAGUAACAUUAUCCACUCAAGAUUAUUUUUGGGUCCGUAAAUCUACUGGUAUUUUAAUAUUAAUUUUAUUAUUAUUAACUGCAGCUUGCAUUGGAUUUCUUGUAUAUUAUUUUUCAAUGUGUGAAGAACCAAGAAAUAAAUGUAAAACAAAUAAAACUUUAGAUUUAUUCGAACACGAUAAAUCAUUAUCAGAUUAUUUAUUAGCAGCCGAAUCACAUGAAAUACGUAACAAUACAAAUAUACAAUAUUUAAAUUCACUAAUAUUUCCAACUCAAUAUUUUGUUUAUCUAAUAAUCGAUCCGGCGAGAUUUGAGUAUGAAGUUAAAGUCAAUGUUAUUAUGUAUAUAAAUGUUAUAACAAAUGAAAUACAUAUACAUGGUGCAAAUUAUUUAAAUCCUGAAAUCAUAUUUGUUGGACCUGACAAUGAUCUUUAUAAUUUAAAAUCAACAUCAUUUGAUCCAAGUACGGAAUUAUUGAAUCUAACUUUGAAUCGUUCAACAACAGUUGGUGAAUAUAAUUUAACGUUACGCUAUAAUGGUACCAUAAAAACGGAAAUUGGUGGUUUGUUUCGUAUAUCGUAUAGGGCCGAAGAUAAUACAACGAAAUGGAUAACAAUGGCAUCGUUUAAACCAAAUUUUGCACAUACAUUGUUUCCAUGUUUUGAUGAACCAUUUUAUAAAGCAUCAUUUACUGUACACCUUGGUUAUGGUGGCAAUAAUACGUUUUCAUUAUCGAAUAUGGGCAAAUCACCAGUUAGAAAAGGAGAUGUUGAAAAUUUCCCACAAUACGAAGAUUACUAUUGGGAUGAGUAUAUAGCAACCCCAUUAUCACCAACAAUGUCAAUAGGAUUUGUCUUAGUACCAGAUGUUGAAGAUUUUCAAUUUGAAAAAAAACCUGGUAGUUAUAUACAAAUUAUUUGCCGUAAAAAAAUGGUUGAUUUAAUGGUUUUUGCGUCCGAAACAAUUGACGAUAUAAUGCGAUAUUAUGAAUUAUAUUUUAAUGGUAUAUACGCAUUAGACAAAUUAGAUGUAUUUGCAGUACCAAAUUUAGUUAAGGAAGGUGUUGGGUCAUGGGGUUUAAUUAUGUUAACCGAAAGUCAGGUAACAUACAAUAACAAAGACGCUGGAAAACUAUUAUUUCCAAUAGAACAAGAAAAAGAUGUUAUAUUAAAUUUAGCACAGAAAUUAAUAGAACAAUGGUUUGGUUUCGAUGUAACUAUGACUUCAUGGUCAGAAAAUUGGUUGUAUGAAGGUUUUGCAAUUUUCAUGAAAUAUAAAACUUUAAAACGUUUACGUCCAACGUGGAAUGCGUUUGGAUAUUUUAUUGUUGAAACCAUGCAGCCUAUAUUGUUUAUGGAAUCAUUAAUUCCACAUACAAAAGUUUUGAAUGACACUGACAUAUAUUUACCAUCUCCACAAAAAGGAGCAGUAAUGUUACGUAUGAUUGAACAAAUGAUUUCCCCAAAAGUAUUUGAUUUGGGCAUCAUGAAUUUAAUGCGUGAAAAAAAAUUACAAACAGCUAGUUUUCGAGAUAUUUGUAAUUUUUUGACAUUGACUGCUCGAACAGAGAAUGCUCUAAGUGAUGAUAUGGAAAUAUGUGAUGUCUUAAGUGAUUAUGUUACAAAACGUGGCUAUCCCAUAUUAAAAAUGGAUCGAAAUUAUGUAACAAAUGAAGCCAUACUUACACAAGAUCAAUUCAAAUUAUCCACCUCUAUGGAAGAACUCUAUCCAAAAUCUGAAACAGAUGAUCUGACAGGACAUGGUGAAGAGGGUGGAGGAAAAUAUUGGACCAUUCCUAUAAGCAUAGUUAAAAGAGGUUGUGCCAGUACUGAAUCUCAACCAAAAAGUUGGAUGCCAAAACAAAAAACUCACAAACUUGGAUUUAUACCAGCAAAUGAUUGGGUUUUAUUAAAUUUACAAGGCAGUGGUUUUUAUCGUGUGAAUUACGAUCAACGUAAUUGGCGUUUGAUUGGAGAACAAUUAUUUAAGGAUUAUAACGAAAUUGAUGAAAUAAAUCGUGCAAAAAUUAUUGAUGAUCUAUUUAAUUUGGCACGUGCGUCAAAAGUUAGUUAUUCAUUAGCGUUGGAUACAGUUAGUUAUUUACGUUUAGAAACUGAAUAUGUUCCAUGGCUAACUGCUUUUAAUAAUUUGGUUUAUAUAGAUAUGAUGUUAAUAACAACACCUGAAUAUGAUUACUUUAAGGACUUUGUGCUUAUUCUCAUAUCCCAAAUAUACGAACAAGUUGGUUUACAAGGCGCUGCCAACGAACCACCGUAUAUUACAAAAUUGCGCAAUCUAAUUGUGAAAUGGGCAUGCUAUUUGAAUGAUAAAAAAUGUACUGAUUAUUCAACGAAAAUAUUCAAACGCUAUAUGGGUUCAAACACAGGAGAGAUGACAAUAAAUGUUGAAACCAAAUUUAUUGUAUACUGUACAGCAGUACGUUUGGGUACAUACACUGAAUGGAACUUUUUAUGGAAACAAUAUUUGAGUACUGAUAAUCAAUUUGAAAAAGAAGUAAUACUUAGAGCGUUAGCAUGUUCUCGUGAUCCAUGGAUUAUAAAUCUAUAUCUGUGGCGUAUUAUAUCACCAAUUGAUGACGAUUUUAUUCAACCAUAUCUCUAUACAUUGGUUGUAGAACAAUUAUCCUUAAAUCCUGUUGCAGCUAAAGCAACUUUAGACUUGGUAAUGAAAAAUUAUAAAAUGUUCGGCAAACAGUCUCGUCAAAAUAAAAUAUUAAUGGAUAUGAUGAAAAGUGUAUCGCUCUAUGUUCAUAAUCCGAGAGAUAUUAAACAGAUUAAGCAAUGGAUGCGAAACAUUUCAAUGGAAAUGACUCAUGUAGAUCGAGAUUUAAUUGAUCAUUUAUUUGCUGGUAUGGAUAAUAAUGUUUUCUUUAUGGAUGCCUUCCGUUGGCAAGUGGUCACAUGGUUAAGAAGCUACAUAACCACGAUGAAACAAGAUGUAUCAUUAAAGAAAAAUCGAAUGCUGAAGCAUCCUGCAGUUAUUACUACUCGAAAGUCAGAGAUAGAAGAUACUACUCGAAAAUCAGAGAUAGAAGAUACUACCCGAAAGUCAGAGAUAGAAGAUAAAACAUUAAAAAAGGAUAAUAUUUCCAUAGAUAACAUUACUACUUCUACUGACAAAAUAUUUGAUCCUAUCAAUCCAUAUUUACGCGAAGAGUAAUUCAACCAUCAAGGCCAUCAAUAUGUCAGUUUUCAUUAUGUCCAUUCAAAUUCAAAGAUUUGUUAGUUGCAGGUUUGUGUUAAAAUAGUAUAAAUAAAUUUGAGUAAU